AUGAAGCUACUGGUCCUCUCACUAGGUGCAGAUGUCCUACCAGAGUACAAGCUCCAGACCCCCCGCAUCCAUAAAUGGACCAUCCUGCACUACAGCCCCUUCAAGGCAGUGUGGGACUGGGUCAUCCUGCUCCUGGUCAUCUACACAGCCAUCUUCACACCCUACUCCGCGACCUUUCUCCUCAGUGACCAGGAGGAGGCAGCCAUGCAGACCUGUGGUUACUGCUCUCCACUGAACGUGGUGGACCUCAUCGUGGACAUCAUGUUCAUCGUUGACAUCGUCAUCAACUUCAGGACGACAUACGUCAACACCAACGACGAGGUGGUCAGCCAGUCGCAGCGGAUUGCCGUGCACUACUUCAAAGGCUGGUUCCUCAUAGACAUGGUGGCGGCUAUCCCCUUUGACCUGCUCAUAUACCGCUCUGGAGAAGAGACAACAACCCUGAUUGGCCUGUUGAAGACUGCUCGGCUUCUGCGAUUGGUGCGCGUAGCUCGGAAGCUGGACAGAUACUCUGAGUACGGAGCGGCCGUCCUCUUCCUCCUCAUGUGCACCUUUGCCCUCAUCGCUCAUUGGCUGGCCUGCAUCUGGUACGCAAUUGGUAACGUGGAGCGUGCAGGAGCAGCCCGGAUUGGCUGGUUGGACUCUCUGGGGGACCAGCUCGGAAAGCCCUACAAUCAGACUAUACCAGGGUCAGGUCCCUCCAUCAGGGACAAAUAUGUCACAGCACUCUACUUUACCUUCAGUAGUCUGACCAGCGUGGGCUUCGGGAACGUCUCACCUAAUACCAACUCUGAGAAGAUCUUCUCUAUCUGUGUAAUGCUCAUUGGCUCUCUCAUGUAUGCCAGCAUUUUUGGUAACGUGUCAGCCAUCAUCCAGCGGCUGUACUCCGGCACGGCUCGCUACCACACCCAGAUGCUGCGGGUUCGAGAGUUCAUCCGCUUCCACCAGAUCCCCAACCCACUGAGGCAGCGGCUGGAGGAGUACUUCCAACAUGCCUGGUCCUACACUAACGGCAUUGAUAUGAAUGCUGUGCUGAAGGGCUUCCCAGAGUGCUUACAGGCUGAUAUCUGCCUGCACCUCAACCGCACCCUGCUGCAGAACUGUAAGGCCUUCAAAGGCUCCACUAAGGGCUGCCUGCGGGCCCUGGCCAUGAGGUUUAAGACCACCCAUGCCCCGCCAGGCGACACCCUGGUCCAUGUCGGUGACGUCAUCUCAGCCCUCUACUUCAUUUCCCGUGGCUCCAUAGAGAUCCUGAGAGGGGAUGUGGUGGUGGCCAUCCUGGGUAAGAAUGACAUCUUCGGAGAGCCCAUUAACCUGUAUGCCUGUCCAGGGAAGUCCAAUGCAGACGUGAGGGCUCUGACCUACUGUGACCUCCAUAAGAUCCACAGGGAGGACAUGCUGGAGGUGCUAGAUAUGUAUCCCGAGUUCUCUGACUACUUCUGGGGUAACCUGGAGAUCACGUUCAACCUCCGGGAUGCUGCCACGGUAGCUGGUUCAAUGAGCAGUGAGGACUCUGAUCAUUGUGGAGUCAGCUGUCGUAUUCACAGACAAAAACGGUCCCUCAGUUGCAGCUCGGACAGAGAGGCAGAGGAAACCAAUCCAUCCCAGAGACAUGUCCGCAGGGCCAGAGGCCAGAGCUCCAGAGCACAGGGAGAUGGGCAGAACACAGAGUCUCAGGGCCUGAUGAGCUCAGCCUAUUCUCCUUUUUACUCCAGUGAAGAUGAGGAGUCAGUGUUAACCAGCCCUGUACAACCAACUUCACUAGUAGGGAUCCCCCAUAGUCAGACCACCAUCCUCAACAUCAGUAGUGCGGUGGAGGAUGAGAUGAACCAGAAGACUGGCAAUACCUGCAAUCCUCUCUCAGGGGCUUUCUCAGGCGUCUCCAACAUCUUCAGUUUCUGGGGGGAGAGCCGAGAACAGCAGCAGUAUCAGGAGGUGACCUGCCACUGCCUGCCCUCCACUCCCCCUCCUCCCCCUCUCCACGCUGUCCUGAGCAACAUCAGCCGACGGCAGCGCAGCGAGCUGGAGAACAGGCUGGAACUGCUGCAGAGACAGCUCAACAGGAUGGAGUCACGGAUGUCCACAGACAUCGGGGCCAUAAUGCAGCUGCUCCAGAGACAGAUGGUGCUGGUGCCCCCGGCCUACAGCACAGUGUCCUCUCCCCCUGAACCGUCCCCCUCCCUCACCCUGAGGCCUGCAGAGAGGCUGGUGCAGCCGGUCUCACCGCUGGACUCGGAGACCCUGGCCUCCCUCUCACAGUUCUUGAUCAAAACAGAUUUUGACUACAGCCUUUCCAAGUCCUGUGAGUCUCUCCACAGUGCAGUGGAGCUGUGUCUUCUGGAGCCAACCCGAGUCCUGGAGCCAACCCCAGUCUUAGACCCUCUCCCCAAGAUUCUGCCUCUUGGCAACAGCAUCCACCCAGAGCAUCGCGCCCUGGGCUUGUCCAUCCAUACAGAUACUGAGCCCUUAAGCCUAGUCAACCAUGGGAACUUCUCAGCGCCAGGGACAGGAUUGGCCCAGUCAGACCCCUCAGAGGGCCGACGGAGGCUCUCGUUGCCAGGGAAAUGCACAGCUCUGGACCUGGAGAGCCCCUGGACUACUGCACACAGAUACAGCUCUGACCCUGGGAGUUAGGGGCCAAACAGUGUGUGUGUAACACUAUCUCCCUGCUUCUGGACAUGGAGUCAUGAGAGGUACUCAAACAAAAACAUAUCCAAACUGUUUCCCUCUCUGCCCGUGAAAUAAAAUGUCCUGUGCAUGGAUACAAUUAUUUUCUGGUCAUAGAAGUCCUCAAAGCAUCACUUUUCACAGAUUUAUGCUACCAUUUGCAGUAUUGUAUAUGGAAACAUAUUUGUCCUUGUUAGUCAAUAUCUGUCUCUGCUGUAUAUGUCCUUGUUGUCACCGUGUAUGGGUUAAGUGUUAGCUGACUAACAGAACUCUGUUCUGUCUCGUGGAGUUGUGAUGGGAGAGCUGCUGCUAAUUUUCAUUAGUCUACUGAUUUUGCUCUAACAUCUGUCUGGCUCAAUGGGUAACAGAAAUGAAUUCUGGCAUCCAUAUCUAAUUCUUAAAUUACUGAACUGAAUUAGCAAGCAAUAUGCAAACUGUAAAACAUUUCUGUUCUGUUAUCAUUGUGUGGUAUCCUCUCGCCUUUGUCUUUGAGUUAGUCUAGAUGUUGAAUGAGAUGGCGUGCGCGCUGAACAACAUAAUAUCCAAUCCUAGGCCAGCAGAGGAUCACAGAAUUAUGACCUAAUCUACUGAAUGUAGUAGUAUCUGUCAGACCACAGCAAUAUUCCAUGAUGCAAGCGUGCCACCUGGGCCUCAAUUCUCCUUCUCUCUGCAGAAGACAGACUACUCAGUUACUGUAACAAGCAACUCCAAGUGUAAUGACAAUGUUUACACAUCAUUGAAGAGCAGGACCUGUAUGUGUUAGAACAUUUUAGUUUAGGUUGUAUCUCUUGUUUGAUAAAAAUAUUUAGAUUGAAUGAUUUCUUGGAAAUAUAUUUAAAGAACAUAUCAUUAUGGAUUAUUGCUUAAUUGUCAUUCUGAAUAGUACCAUUAACCCUACCUAUACUGUUAUAGUGUGUUACUGUCCAGUUCUGGGAAAUAGAUUACUGCAGGAAAAGUAGCUUGUUAUGUAGGGAUAUAUUGUAAAAAAUCUGAACUAUUAUUGUUUGGAGGUUUGGGUCAGGGUACAGUAUUUAUUGAUUCAGUUGAAUAGAGUUACUGUGUAGCUUGAUGUAUAUUUGAUAAUGAACAGUUGGAUACUACUCAUGAAUAAAAAGAUGAACAAUAAAUGCA